AUGGCAGAGCGCCGGGCGGUGCGUUCCUCCAGUCGACACUUCACUCCCACACCCCAGCCGCUGCCCGCCAUCGCCGCCGCGACUCCGCAACCGACGCGUGGGUCGCGUCGGAGAGCGACCAAAAGCGCAAGCCGCGACAUUGCAGUCCCCAAACCGUCGCCACCCAGAAUCCUCCGCCGAAGCAGCCGGCAAGCUAGUGUCGCAUCUGUCGCAGCCGAUCAAGAACACCAUGGACCCCAAUUGCGUCCUGCGAAGGAGGCAGUUGGAGAUCUUUCUACUGUAGAGGAAGCCGAAUCGUACAUGGACUUAAAAGCCGUCCCUCAAAGCACACCUCGCCGGCGUCCAGACAAGCGCUAUGCCUCCCCAGAUCAACUCUCCCAGAUCUCUGGGACAACCGCAGUCACAUCCUUCUCGAUGACCGAAGCUGAACAUCUUGAUGCCGACGUUAUUCAAGUGUCAAUAGAGAACCUAUACAGGACAUCGACUAAGUUCUUAGACUUUCUGCUGCCUGACGACGGAGGAAUUAAGAAUGACCACAACCGCAUUCAAGAGCUACGGAAGCCGGACUCUAGAGUCUUAAAGCAAUUUAGGGCUCUUGAGUUAAAUAAUAACCUUGCUCUGUUCAAAAGUGAAGGCGAACAGUACAUUCACCUUCGCGCGGUGCGCCGAGCACUACACCGUGAUCGCGAUCACAAUGCACCUCUGCUCGGCGUGGACCUGGUUGUGUAUCUUGCGAAUCUGCUCAUAUUCGUGAAGCAGAUGAUCACUUCUGAGCGUUCUUCCGAGAGGGGAUCGCGGCAGCUGUUCGAUGCGCUCUGUCAGCUGGACAAACACUUCCCUUCAUAUUUUCUCCCAGGACUAACAAAUGUCGCGCCUGGCUCUGCUCUUAGAGGUGAGAGCGCACUCAUCGGUCCCACGAUUGGCCUGGCAUUGGAACUCCGAACUCAACUAGCUAUCUUGGUGUUGAAGCGGGAAUCGACUGAACCAGAUUAUGAUCCGCAAUUUUCUAUCCGCGAAGUAUUCUACGAGAGAGAGGACGACGAAUUCACCUCCACGCUUCGUGGAUGGGACGUGCCUGGACUGCAAGCUGAACAUUGUUCGGACGAGAGGCGCGCCCAAAUCGAGGCCCAUGUAGAGAAGAUGCUGGCCCUAGUUGCUGAUAGUGGGCUCGGGCUCGAUAUACUCGAAUCCCAAUUCCCGUGGGAGUCGGUCGUCCUGCAGCUUCUGGCUUGGGCACGAAUGCGACACCGCGAGCUUAAAGCAAUGAUUGCCAGCAUUGGGGGAAUUGAGAGUAUCAACGAUAUCGUGAUGGGAAAGACAGAGCCAUCUUCCAGCGCACCGGACCCAGCGUCAAGACGGUCACCUCUAAGAAGUCGCGCAUCAUGGACGAAGGAGCAGAGAAGGCGAAGCGGCGGGCUCAGUCUAGGCGGCGCCUCAAAGGACGAUAUCUGGGGGUUGCUGAUUUCGAGGAUCAAGGGAGACCAACAGUCAGGUGCGAGAGGUACAGAACUCAAUCCAUCAGGCGAGGUCCGAGCACAUGGAGGAGCACGUAACGAGGGAGGGAAGAUCCAAUCGUCCGGAACAGAUGCGGAGCAAACCCUAGUCAAUGACCACGAAGUCCUCACGGAACCCGAACCCUUGAGACCAAUAGCAGACGACAAUGAUUUGGUGCAGAAUGGGGACGAAGCAGAGGAAGAGAUCCGUGAAAGCAUCGAAGGAGAAGGUGCCCAAUCCGCUGGGGAAGGCCCUUCGAUGAGGCCCACAAGCUCGGGACCCCCUCAAACUCGUCCUGAGUUCGUCAAGCUCAUCAAACAGACGCAAAAUAAGGGCAAAGAGAACCAGGGAGAUAUAUUUGCUCGACAAGCCACGGCUCAACGGAUCGAGUUUGGCGACGGAUUUGAUGGUGAGGCAAGCCAGCCGACUCCGGAACGUCGCCAGAGAAUGGAGCGGGUGCCGGUGCAGAGGCGCAAUAGGCGCCUGUUCGAGGAGGAGGACGCGGACGAGGACGAAGGGUUUGAAACGCGACAGGAUGAUGGGCGGGCAGCGGAACGCAGGCAGCAGGCUCCUGUAGCGAAGAAGGUUCGAUUGGAGCCACCGUCUUCAGGAGCACUGCCUAGCCAUCAACCGCCCGUGACGAGCCCAGGGCAGCAAGAGGAUAGUAUCUCGGAGACUGAGGCGCCUGAGAUGACAGAAGAGGCACCGGCACCUACGUAUUCUGAUGUUCAAGCACUGGCACGUCGGAAUGCCAGGGCCGUCAGGCAGCACGAAGGGCAAAAACGUCGAGAUUGGACAGGGAGGGAGGUAGCAGCAUUUGAGGAAUACAUGGCACGGUUCCCACGGAAGUAUGCAUCGAUUCUGGAGUACGACAGGACAGAGGGCCACAAGGUGCUUCAACAUCGGACGCAACUCAAUCUGAAGGACAAGGCGCGCAACAUGGCCAUGAAUUUCAUCAAGUCUGGCACGGGGCUUCCAUCGGGAUUCGAGGACGUCAUUAGUCCGACCUCUAAGCAGGGCUUGGAAUUGCUGGCUGCGGGUUUUCAAUGGUGA